AUGACUUGGUGGCGCCGGGACCCGACACUCGCUCCUUUCCAACGCUAUGCGCAACGCAUCCUCCGCUCCGACGACGCGGCCCUUCGCACGCGGUGCUUCUCGCGCACGCCCUCCAAGUCAGCACAACACGAAGACAACAAUGGCAACAAACGUCCAUCCGGCAUGUCCAACCUGGAAUGGUUGCAGCUAGAGCAGUACCAGCAAUGGCGAAGGAAACUCAUGAACGAUCCAUACGAGGCCAUCUUCGGGGCCAGCAACGAGAGGUUGAGUGGCAAGGGCAACAAAGACUGGGAGUGGCUUGCCAAUAGCAUUCCUAAGUGGAUGUUGAGAGAGAUGGAGAGCCACGACGACAACGCUUCGCCGCCGAAGCAAGGCAAGAGUGGCAGUAUCGAUCCGAACUACCCGCGACGGGUCAAGAUCGAUAGUGAAGAGCGCGAUAUCCGUAGGGAAAGAGAAUCACACUUCCCCCAACCGUCAUCCAGGGCAAGACUGCUCCCUGACGACCCGACUGGCAUUGAGUCACCCUCUGAUCUCAGGAGGCCGCGAGAGCAAUUUCAUGUCAAGAUUGUUGGCCGCCAUUCAGGAUUAUCGACCGAAUCUACAACAAGCGCACCUCGUGCCACAGCGCAGGACUACGAACACGAGCAGCCGACGCGACCGAAGAGCACGGAGUCGUUUGAAGAAUACAUUGCGAAAACGAAAACGGAUGCGGCUAAGAAGAUCGAACAAUCCAGCACGGCCGCACCCAGUAGAGAACCUUCCUUUAUGGACCGCUUCCUGACAGAGAAGCCCGAACACGAAGACGCGCAACGACACGGCACGGCGGAGACAGGCAGCUGGAGAGAGACCACACUGCAAAGGAGGAUACCAAAGGACGUCGUAGCAAAGCCUGAUGCCGACUCUGCGCCCAUGGCAAAGGCUGGUGACGAGUCGUCAAUGUCAGCAUCCUCAACUGACGGGACCCACGAGCUCUCCUCAGAACCACAUAUGCAGGAAACCCUCCCGUCGCUUCCUCCAAUCUCAGGUCCUCUACGCACGAAGCAACCUUCCACGCAAGAACACAUCCCACCACAGGAGACACCUAGUACACAAGGCAGCGUCACAUCUGUGAGGUCAACGUCAAAAAUCUUGAGCCAGUUGCCCAAAGACGACUUGGACUUCUUGAGUGCGGACGAGAUUCGUGCGAACAUGGCCGCAAGAAGGAGCAAGGUCCUGGACGAAGAACGUAGAAAAGCGGAUCGGGCUAGAUUGGAGAGCACUUUCGAGAGCACCCCCAAGGCAAAGACCGGUAUGGAUCCGAUGCUUGAGUCCAAGAUCAUCAAUGACCAAUACGUUCGUCGAAUCGAACGGCAAAUGCAGCGGCCAGAGAUCUCGUUUGAUUCACAAGAAUCCAGUGAGCCCAGGACAACUACAAAGAUGGACGAAACCCCAUACAAAGCAGACGAAAGCCAGUUGGAGUCGAGCGUCGAACGGAUGAAGUCUUGGCUUGAAGAAAGCGGUGCAAGAUUCUCUAGUCUUUUCUGGCAAGACCCGACCGAAGAAGCGGAUGCGAAGAAAACCCGCUUGUUCUUCGACAAGAUCCUGGCACGUAUUCGCAAGGGUCGCACGACGAUGAAGCAAGUGGUCGAAGACCUAGAGGCAGACAUUCCAGCAUCUAAACCUCUCUUGAGGCGUAUGAAAGCGGAUGAGGACCUCCUGGACUCUGCUAUCAACACUCUACGACAACGCUCAGAAAUCGGAAAGCUUCGUUCGUUGACGCCGAAGAAAGUAAGGGCAAUUCAAGAAUUGCGUCUCCGGUACCAGAGCACAGACAACGACCUUAAUAAGGCAUACGCCUUGCUCCAAGAUCUCGGCGACUCGGACGCAACAAAGAACGUCUCACCAGCGUUCAAAAGGCGCCUGAGCAUUGCGUCGAAAAUUACCCAGAAGAACGCUCACCUUACGCGUUAUCUCAUCUGGAGUCUACAGGCCCGGCUCGAGGACCCGGAAAUUGAUCAGAGCGUGCUCGCAAACUACAAAGCUGUUGCGAACAGUUUGCUAACUCUUAGAGAUACACAGAUGGCCCUAUCUCGAUUGCUGGAACGUGCCAUGCUCGUUUACGGUGUGGCUCCACAUCUCUGGGAGGACAUUAAAAUUUUUCCCGACACCCCAGCUCUGGAAGUUCCGCAGGACCGUGAGCAGUCAUCUCAGACCAAGACGUCUUCCGCUAUGAGUGAUGCCGACAAAGCCCAGCUUCGUGCCAAGGUAGCUGCUGAAGAACGUCUCGCCCAUGAGGUCGAUGCACAGAAGUCAGCUAUGCGUGGACUCUCAGAUGAUGGAUACGCGCGUAUGCCGAAGGCAACACCGAGCAAAUCGUUUGAAGAGCGAGGACCCCUUGCACACAGCCUGUUUAGACCGUUCGGACCCGUUUUGGAGAGCUUAGAGAGUGAAACGCCAUCUAAGAUAGGCGCAACAGAGGCCGACGUGAAGGUGACCCACGAACGUGACGACUACGAACUGGCUGAUAACAUGCAAAACUCAAACGAGGAUAGGUCUGGUCCUGUCGCCACUGAUCACGAGCAGCCGGCCUGUCCGGUUAAGGAAAGCAGAUUGACUGAAGAUCAUGACGUGAAGAAGUUUGACAUGCUGAAGGAGGAUCCUACAAUGGACGACGCCUCAUAUCACGCCAGUGGCACAACUACCGCAGAUACCGUGCGCGGAGAAGAAGUCACAGCAAUCGAUGCAGCCCCAAAAGCUACACAAGAAAUCUUUACCGCUGGCCACACUACUCCAACGACCGAACAUGCCACUGUAGACCCGAAACCGAGCACUGACGAUGCUGUUGGUGAAAUACCUCAGUCAGGCGCAUCAUCACAUUCGCCAGAACCGGGCUCACCAACGAUGUAUACAAUCCUUUUGCACGAUCCGCACAGCGGCAAGCUUUCGCUAACCACCUCUACAACAACGGAACCCUACAAGGCCCCUCCUAUGAUACCGCUACAUGAAGCGCUAUCAACUCUCGAAGAGCCCGCUAAGUUCAUUCCGUACAUCGAGAAUGGUCUUGAGAUCGUCAAAGCAAACAAGUAUUUGCUCGUCUUGCGCGGCGGUCUCAAUUCCACAGCAUCUACCAGACCCUUCCAAACGGCCGAUCCAUCAACCACAAUGGAGCAGAACAAGGACGCUGGCAUCACAGGAGAAAGAACUUACAUCAAUCCGAUAGAUGGAACGGCACGCCUUUCGCCUACCGGCUACGUUGGGCCAGAAGAGAGCGAAGAGCAACUUGAGAAGGAUUUCACUGAGCGCAGGCAGGCUGCCGAGCGAGCAGUUAGUAACCAAGAGAGCAGCGCAGAACAAGACCGGAGCGGACAAACGACCAAAGAUAAGAAGAGGGGCGGUAAAGCAGCGGGUAUAGUCAAAACGGCCAUCUGGGCCUCGGCACUAUGCUACGUGGCCGGUGUGAUUGGGGAACUUGCUAGUUAA